AUGGGUCCCGAAAGAAUAGUCACUAACCAUACUGUCUCCCAUGCAUGUUCUGUUUCAGGCUUUCAGCCCUUUGUUUGGCCAAAAAGUUUUCAAAGGUCCGAAGCUUUUGGUGAAGAAAAGAGAGCAAUGGAUAUGAGCACCAAGUUUUCCUCGUCAUCCAAGCCAAGUAACAGUGAGGAUAAAAAAGUAACCCUGCCAGUAGAUUUGGGUCCUGCAGAUUAUCAAGCUGUUGAAAAAGAAGAAGGGGAAUGGUCUGAUGUCGAGGGCUAUGCUGAUGCCUACAGAGGCUGUAGUAUGCAUGGACGAUCAAUUACUGGAGCCGAUAAAGAUCCACAGGGGAAAAGUUUGGUUGGCAUGAUGGAUCAUAGUGAUGCUGCUAUGGCUGCGGAAGAUGUUCCUCAGAAUACUGAAAGUGUUAAGGAUGAAAAUAUUGAUCAUGCUUCUAUUGGAUUGGAUUCAGAUACAAACGAUAAGAAAAGCAAUAAUGGCCUAAAUUCAGAAGGCAGUUGCAAAGGUGGUCAGGAAGAUUCUGCAUUGGUUUCAAAACAGAAAAAGAUUAAAGGAGUUGAAGCAAAUCAUGCACUAAAGUACUCGAAUAAUCAUGGAAAGCGGCCCACGUUUGACCCGCACAAGGAAGCAAUGCUAGGAAAGAAGCGUAGUAGGCAGACCAUGUUUUUUAACUUUGGAAGAUGUCAAGCAAGCUGCUCAACUCCUAGAAAGCAGAACUUUCCAGCACCUAUUGCGACUCAUACCGUGAAGGAACUGCGUCCUAUUCUUCCAUCUUGUGAAAGAAUCAGAGAAAAGCAGAUUCAGCUGACAAUCAAGGAUGCAAAACAAGUUGAUUUAUCAAGUAAUGAUCGGAACGGUUAUCUAGAAACUGAUGACUCUAAAUCUCAAUAUAAUGGUGACAUAAAUUCAGAACUUCCAGCUCAGCCAAGGAGGCUGAAUAGUUCGACAGGUCUUGCUGCAGCGGCUCAACCACCACUUCUUCCUAGACAGAGUUCAUGGAAGCAGCCCACAGAUUCAAGGCAGCUUAAGAAUUCACAGGUCUCUAGUAGGAAGCCUGCUCUAAUGAGUCAGAACUCCGUGGAUCUAAAAUGGGGAGUCAAAAGAUUUCCUUCCAAGAAGCAGCCUGUAGUCAGCACCCAGUUUCAAGAUACAUCAGUGGAAUGUCUUCUGCGUGAGGUUACAAAUGAAAAAUUUUGGCUUCAUCCAGCUUGUGGGCUUCACGAGCUUUCUGCGAUUGGUCGUCUUUCCCAUCUCGACCCCAGUGGGUUCUGUUAA